CAUAAAAUUUGCUGUGUCAGUAAAUAAUUUUUCUCCAUGUAAUUACCCAAAUCCUAAGAUACGAAAUCGGCUCUCUUGCGCGUUUUUCUUCACCGAGGAAUUGUCCACUGUGCUCUUUAACGCGAAACUUCUGUCCUAGGUGCUUCAAUGGGGAUGGGCAUCACGGCUGUCAAGUUAACGGCGCUCGGCCGGCCGCAACUUCUGCUUCAAUUGUCAGAAGUGAUCAUGCGCGCGCGGCAAUAUAUGACGGAGGUAGUCGGCGGCGAAGGUGCUGUCCUAGCGCACCACUUGAAACCCGACGAUUUCAUGAAGAAAUUCGAGGAGGCGCACAUCAAAGACGCGGCGCCGGUGCAGAAGUUUCUUCAGAAGAUUCAGUCGGACAAAGAAGGUGUGAUUCACUUGUUCCCAUGGAGCGGCAUCUUAGACGAGAAUUACGAGCUGAGCGAGACUUUCCAAGUACCUGAUAUGAAGACGGGCAAAAUGGUGAGGCUAAUGUCGCAGCUCACGUCGAAGGAGGAGGAGAUGUUCAGGAAUAUGAUCAGACGUCUGAAUAAUAUCGUCACGGUGGCCGACAAACUGGACGUUCGCAUAAUGAUAGACGCGGAGCAAACGUACUUCCAGCCGGCCAUAUCGCGCCUGACCCUCGAAAUGAUGCGCAAGUACAACACGAAAAAGGCCGUGGUGUUCAACACUUACCAGACGUAUCUGCAGGAGGCGUUUAACGAGGUGAAAACCGACCUCGAACAGGCGGAACGCCAAAACUUUUACUUCGGUGCUAAGUUGGUUCGCGGUGCUUACAUCGAGCAGGAGAGAGCGAGAGCGGCAGCUAUGGGCUAUCCGGACCCCACGAAUCCUACGUACGAAGCCACGACCGAAUCCUAUCACAAAACGCUCAUGGAAUGCUUGAGGCGAAUGAAGCAGUAUAAGGAUAAGGGGGAGGAUCCCAAGAAGAUAGGGAUCAUGGUCGCCUCGCACAACGAGGACACCGUGCGCUUCGCGAUCGAGAAAAUGAAAGAGAUUGGAAUUUCGCCGGAGGAUAAGGUUAUAUGUUUCGGUCAAUUAUUGGGAAUGUGUGACUACAUAACGUUCCCGUUAGGUCAGUCCGGUUAUUCCGCGUACAAGUACAUCCCGUACGGACCGGUUAAGGAGGUGCUGCCGUACUUGUCGCGGCGCGCGCAAGAGAACCGGGGUAUCCUGACGAAGAUCAAGAAGGAGAAGCGCCUGCUACUGAGUGAAAUCACGAGACGCUUUGUGCGCGGCAAGAUCUUUUACAAGCCCAAGGGCAACUACACUCCGGUUUGAACAGUCGAUUCCCUUAGUUUGCACAGACAGAAUUUUAAGUAUCAAGUUUAAGUAGUGGUUGUAAAUUAUUGAAAACUCUCCAAGACCUUGAUGCGGGCACUUUGGAUUGAAUGCGAGCAAAAGUAUGACCUGACGGACCUGUUGUGGUACUCGGAAAUAGAAAGAGAGAGAGAAUGAGAGAGAGAAAACUAGGCUGAUCUAAUAAAAAACGACAGAAGGUAAAACUUCCGUCGGCUUUAUCAGAUAUCAGAUUGGCCGAGAGUUUUUUAUUAGAUCGGCGUAAGACAAAGGGGGGGGGGGGAAGGGGAAGAGAACGACGCGUGCGCGCGAGUGUGCGUGAGAGAUUAAAGUACACGCAGUGUUGUUUAUUACGUAAAAGCCGCCUCGGUGUUGCAUCGUCGAGCGUGUACGCUCAAUGCUCUUCGCGUUCGGCCGAUAGAAAACUAUAUUUGCCCCCCUCGUUUCGCCCGUUCGUCGUUUCGCCAAGGGGUUGCCAGGGACUGUGCUGCAAUUAGUUUCACUCGUGCGAGAGCGUGUCUUCAUCGGUGGAAGUUGGAUUCGCGAGAAUCGCGCCUUUUCGACGCCGCUCCGCUUCGCGCGGGCGAAUUGCCCGAGCCGUCGAUAUCAGCCGAUGAUUUCAACAACGCUUAACCGAGCCACCGUUUCUUUUUCGUGCACAAUACUCGGGAGAAUCGAUCAAAAGCCAUGGGCGCAGCUUUUGCGACGCUCCGAAAAAGAAGAGGGGAGGGGGGGGGGACUGGUCUCAGCGCGUGCCACUCAGCGCUUCCCUCGAGCUCUCUGCCAUUUCCUUCAGAAUCUCGACGAAGAUAUUUCUCUCAUAUGUACAUAACGCGCGCGCGCAUUGAUUAUUUAUGACUCGUGUUCACAUAAUGUUAUCCAUAAUGUCUCUGAUGGCGACAAAGACAAAAACGGAGGAAAAAAAAAGGAGAAGGAGAGAAGACGCGGGACACUAUGAGAUGAUGUCCGACCUUGACUCGCUCAAUUUUCCUGACGAUCGUCGUGUCUUAUACGGUGAACGGACGGUGGCAGCCGUCUAUGUGCCGCACGUCUUCGUCGUCGUCUUAUAUGCAUACUCGCUCGCGUGUAGUCACCGGGAAGCUGAUAUCAACUCUGCGAACAAUAAUCGGUCAAUUGCAUCGGGCAUUUCGGACACGUGACGAGCUUCACCGGCGAGCCUCUGGCGCGACGUGGGGCGUGGGUAACGCGGCGAUUUCCGCGAGUCUAGGAAAGGAAAGAAAUGAGAGGGAGGACAACGAGGCGAAUAGGUGUACCGGAGACGACGGGAAUGGCUCUUGGGCGUGCGACGAGAUACAGGGUGAAUACAAUGAGAUUUAGGUAUCCUAUAAAAUGAGAGAGGGAGAGGGAGAGGAGAGAGAGAGAGAGAGAGAGAGUGCGAAUUUGUUGAAUACUUCGUACAAUUGUUCUUCUUGGUGCACGCGUUAAUAUCGAGUAGAGUAAUCUUCGGGCUGAAGGACGAAUGUGACAACGAAUGCGGCCGGCCGGCAGAUCAAGAGAGCGAGAGAGAAAUACGUGAUAUCCUUUUCUCCCGUGUGAUAUAUAAUAGCCGCGUAAUUAAGUCACGCGUAUGACACAUGUGCAAACAGACGUACACGCGAUUAGUCCGGUUUCGCUUCAGCCUGAAAUUGCUUCUCGCGCCACACACACACACACACACACACGAUACGAUACAUCUUACGGUUCACCGUCUAUCGUGAGAUAAGCGCGCGCGCGCUCGUUCACAGAGAACACGCGAAUACCGUAUCGAUAAUAAUACGUAAUACGACACACGACCCCUGCACUCCGCCGCACCGUCUCAUUUUUUUUCGCCGGGGAAGAGUCGAUCGGAGGAACGGGGAACUGCAAUUUUGAAAAGAAAGAAAAAACGAUCAAUUCGUGCGCCGCGUCUCAGAUAAGAGUUUUAAGUAAUUAACGAAUCCCUUUUUUAUCUGUUGCGAAAGAAUCUAAAUAGAAGGAGAGAAAGAGAGAGAGAAAGAGAGGUCUCGGCGAUCGUGAUCGAUGUAGGAAAAAGAGGAGAGAGGGAAGAAAGCAUCGCCGACUCCUCGAUACGUCGCGGAUAAUUUAGCGUUCGCUUACUGUUGUUCGAUAGUCAAUCCGACGCGUGGCUGUAAUUCGUAACUCCGGAAAGUGACGGUUAUCAGCGAGAUCAUCCAGCGGUUAAUUCAGCGCCUAUGUUGCACGAGCAUUCCCAGUCGAGUCGGGUGGUCGCAUAGAGCGCAUAGUUCUUGAUAUUCUUAGGCCAGUAUUUCUUCUGAUACUCGCGGUGGUCGGCUUCUGUGCGCCACACAAGUAGACGACUGCACAUUAUUAUCAUCUUUUUUCUCUUUCUUUCUUCCUUUCCUUUCUUGUUUCCUUUCCUGUUUUUCUUUUCUUAAGUAUCGAACUCAUCAUGGAUUUCAUACUCAAUAAACGCAUCAUUUCGUUACCCGAGCGAUGUGUACGCGAGUACAGUCAUUUGUGAUCUCCUACUUUUCCUAUACGUUAUGCGAGAGAGCGUUACGUUUCGGAGUGUGUAUGUAGCCUAUAUACAUUUAUAUAUGAUUGUACUCUAAACAAACGAGAGAGGGAGAGAGAGAGAAAGAGAGAGAGAGAGAGAGAAAGAGAGAGAGAGAGAGGAGGUACGUUGCGUGGAUAUUUACUCUCUUCGUAAAGACACGUCGUACGUGCGUGUCAGCAAUGUUAUGAGAGAGAGAGAGAGAGAGAGAGAGAGAGAGAGAGAGAAGAGCGAGAAGAGAAAUUUAUGGCAUGGUUGAAUGUCUCUCUGUGAAUCAUGUUAUUAGACGCAAAAGCUGGAAAGGGGAACCGGAGAAAUAUGAACGAUAAAUGAAUAAAUAAAGGGGCAUUGUUACAAGUUA